GCGGGGAGCCCGGCCUCGCCUGGGGACGGCCGCUCUGCCCCAGGGUCUUCUGCGGGGCAGCUCUGGUCUCGCCUCCAGCCCUUCCGCUGCAGGUGGGGAGGCUGCCUGUCCCCGGCAGGGGCCCCGGGGGCCGAUACAGCCGGUGAGGGCACUUCCACAGCGCCUGACUGCCCAGGGCGUGGCACCAGCCUGUGCCUCUCGGCCACUUAUCUUUUCCAGAGAACCCCCCCCUGCAGCAGCCGCGCUGAGAGGUUGGUCUGGAGCAGAAGUCUUCGCUGCCCCGUGGGUUCAGGGGCUUCCCAGUGCUCUGCUCACAGGCCUCUGGAGAAGCCUGGCCCUGUGGGGCUGUGGAUGCUGGCAGGCAGAGAGGCUCCGUGGGGCUUCUGCUUGGGGCACACGGGUGCCAUUCGUGGCACGUGAGUGCCGCUGGUGGCCGCUGCUCCUGCCAAGCCCUGUCUUUGUUGAGAGCAGGGUCUGAAGCCCCUCACCUCCCUCACUCCGUGCCCAUCCUGUCCCGUCAGGGAGCCCCGAUGGGGACGGGAGCGGAGCAGAGCACGUCCUGACCCCUGCCUCACCUGGCUGCCCCCAUGACUAUGGACGAGUGGAAGCCCAACCCUGCCAUCAAGCCCCACAAGAAGCGGAGCUGGUACCUGGCCUGGAAGUACAAGCUGAUGAACCAGCGCGCGCUGCGGAAGCUGUGCCAGACAGGUGCUGUCCUCUUCCUGCUUGUGACUGUGAUUGUGAACAUCAAGCUGAUCUUGGACACGAGGAGAGCUGCUUAUGAGGAAGAAGAGGAGUCUGCACAGGACUAUGAUGAUGAGAUGCUGAAUGUGGAGGUCCCUAGGCACCCUGUCAGCAACAAGAAGGUCUUGGAUGUCGAGGUGUACUCCAGCCGGUCGAAGGUCUACGUGGCUGUGGAUGGGACAACAGUCCUGGAAGAUGAGGCUCGGGAGCAGGGAAGAGGGAUCCAUGUCAUCGUCUUAAAUCAGGCCACGGGUCAUGUGAUGGCCAAGAGGGUUUUUGACACCUAUUCUCCCCAUGAAGAUGAAGCCAUGGUACUUUUCCUCAACAUGGUUGCACGGGGCCGGAUCCUGAUCUUCACCAUUAAGGAUGAAGGCUCCUUUCACCUCAAGGACACAGCCAAGAAUGUCCUGAAAAGUCUGGGGAGCCAAGUUGCACCAUUCCUGAGCUGGAGAGACAUGUGGACAUUUGUGGGGAAGAAGGGAGGGGAAGUAUACGGGGAGAAGCAUGCCAAGUCACCUGCCCUGUCAACGUGGGGUGACCCUGUACUGCUGAAGACAGAAGUUCAUCUGACAUCUGUGGAAGAAGCCGAGUGCCAUUGGCCCGACACCGAGCUGAACCGCCGCAGGAAGAGGUUCUGCAGCAAAGUGGAAGGUUACGGAAGCGUCUGCAGCUGCAAAGACCCCACACCCAUCGAGUUCAACCCUGACCCUCUCAAAGACAAUAAAGUCUUUGAUGUGCCUGUAGCUGUUAUUGCAGGGAACCGCCCCAACUACCUGUACAGGAUGCUGCGCUCCUUGCUGUCGGCUCAGGGUGUCAAUCCACAGAUGAUCACAGUCUUCAUUGAUGGGUACUAUGAGGAGCCAAUGGAUGUCGUGGAGCUGUUUGGCCUCUCAGGAAUCCAGCAUACCCCCAUCAGCAUUAAAAAUGCCAGAGUUUCCCAGCACUACAAAGCCAGUCUGACUGCAACCUUCAACCUGUUCCCGGAUGCUAAAUUUGCUGUGGUUCUGGAGGAAGACCUUGACAUUUCUGUUGACUUCUUCAGCUUUCUGAGCCAGUCAAUACACCUUUUGGAGGAAGAUGAGAGCCUGUACUGCAUCUCAGCUUGGAAUGACCAGGGCUAUGAGCACACAGCUGAGGACCCCUCGCUCCUGUACCGUGUGGAGACCAUGCCAGGCCUGGGCUGGGUGCUCCGCAAGAGCCUGUACAAGGAGGAGCUGGAGCCAAAGUGGCCAACCCCUGAAAAGCUCUGGGACUGGGACAUGUGGAUGCGGAUGCCGGAGCAGCGGAAGGGCCGGGAAUGCAUCAUCCCUGACAUCUCGCGCUCCUACCACUUCGGCAUCGUGGGGCUCAACAUGAACGGCUACUUCCAUGAAGCCUAUUUCAAGAAGCACAAGUUCAACACAGUUCCAAACGUCCAGUUUAAAAAUGUGGAGAGCUUGAGGAAGGAUGCUUACGAGACUGAAAUUCAUCGGCUCCUGGGUGAGGCUGAAGUCUUGGACCACAGCAAGAACCCAUGUGAGGACUCUUUUGUGCCCGACACUGAGGGCAAGGUCUAUGUCAUGUUCAUCAGGAUGGAGCAGGAAGCAGAUUUCGCCACCUGGACUCAGCUUGCCAAGUGCCUCCACAUCUGGGACCUGGAUGUCCGUGGGAACCAUAAGGGGCUGUGGAGGCUCUUCCGCAAGAAGAACCACUUCCUCGUGGUGGGGGUCCCUGCCUCCCCCUACUCGUCCAAGAAGCCCUCAUCAGUGACACCAAUCUACAUGGAGCCCCCUGCCAAGGAGGAGGGGGCAGUGGCAGUGCCAGCGGUGGCUGCAGCAGAGCAGACGUGAGACUGGCAGCUGGGAAGCGAGGGAGACUGGGAGAAGAUGGAGACCUCCAUGGUGCAGAGACAGGUGGCAGCAGCUCUUGGAGGCUGGUGGCAGGACACGGACUCCCAUUUCAGCUUGGGCUCCCUCCAGCCCCCUGUGGUGGUCUCCCUCUCCCUCACACUGGACAAGGUCCUUCCCAUCCCAGGAAUUUCAUUUUUUUUUAACAGAGACUCUUUACUAAUGCUGCUCCUGUUGCACCCUGGCUGGGCAAGGCUGGAGGAAGGAGAUACUCAGUUGGGGGCUAAAGGGGGCCUUGAGAAACACCUCUGCUUCCCUUUUUGGUCCCUAAGUCCUGAGAAGGCAGCAUGCUUGGGUGGAAGUGCUGCAGCCUGCCAGCUGGGUGUUUAUUUAUUAACUCUUCCUGGCUGGCUUCAUCCCCAGCGGUGAACACUGUGGUGAAGAGGGGAUCAUCCAACAUUUCUUCUAUCUUCUGCGCAGUGGAUGCACCUUGAAGACUGUAUGCUGGGUUGGACAUCUCCCUGCACGCCGGCUUUGCUUCUUGGGCUGCAGCAACUGGUGCAGCCCCAGCUCAUAGGCAAAAGGGAAUGCUGAAGAGGAGCUGAACUUGCUGUGGAUGUGUAGGGGACACCCUGUACCCAACACGAGGGUGGUCAGGUGCCCCUUUACCUGUGGUUCUGGGAGCUGGAGGUGACUGUAGAUGGAAGCAGGUCACCAUCUUCACUCACCUUCACUCUGGGGAGCACCAGCCCAGCCCUCUUGAGUCAUGGGAGAGGGGGUGUAAGUGCCUUGCAGAGCAAGAUGGGAGCAGCCAGCAAGCAUCCCCCUGGCUUCAGGGGCAGGAUGGACUGGGGUCCUCUGGAGUGAGAGGUGCUGUGCUCUGGUGUGAUCCUUGCCUGUGGUACUGUACCCUGCCUUUCCCUCCUUCCUGGCCAGCUCUUGCUGAAGGCAGAGCAGGUUUGUUCUCCUGAAUAUUCCCCUUCACCAUGGUAUCUUGCUAGCAGGGAGGCAGUGAGCUGAGCUGGGAUGGGCAGCCUGACUGUCCUGCUGUGGUACACCCCUUCUGGGUAGGGAGAGGAAGGGGUCUCUAACCUUUCUCCCGUGCCUUAGGAAGGACUCCAGGGCCCCCUCCUGCCCCCAGUCAUUUGGUACCAAUAUUCCCUCCCCCAUUGGGGGCAGUCCUGGUUCCCUUGCUGAGUGUAUCUCCCUGUCUUAUCCAUGCAGCAAGAGAUCUGUUCUCUGUCCGGCUUCCUCAGGCUUGGGCAGGAAUGCUAUGCUCUGGUUUGCCUUUGGGAAAAGGAUUUGCUGCUCAGCCCCUUUUGCUGUGGUCGCAAGGGCUCUUCCCCUUCAUUUUCUCACUGUGAACUGAGCAUCGGGGUCUACACUACACUAACUUAUUUAUUUAUUGCUUGUGGGGAGGGGAGGAUAGGAGGAAAGCAGGGUGGAGAGCUGGGAGCUCUCAGUCUGUGGGAGGAGUCAUGGAAGGUUUGUCUCUUGUCCCUUUGGCUCCAUCCUCUGUUCCCCUUCUUCCUCCUUUGUCCAGCACAGGAAAUCUGCUCCUCUUGGGCCAAAAUGAGCUCUGUGUGGAUGCAGCACAGCUCUAGUGUGGCUGCAGGGACUCCAGCCCCUGUGGUCCCUUACACGUCUGUCCCAGCAGCAGGGACAGGAUGGAUGUAGAAGGGAGACGAGAGUGCAGGUUGGCACCCUUGAGAUGGUGGUACUGGGCUUGGGUUCAGCCCUGCCCUUGUCUGCCACCCCCAGUGCUGCCCUUUGCUGGAACUCUGCUCUGGCAGCCAGUGGGCAGGUGGCCUCUCUGCAGGUCCUUUUGGCACGAUGGGAAAGGGAAUCUGUUUCUUCCCGGGGAAAACAGCUUGCUCUCCAUACCCUGCUUCAGAAAAACUUGCACAGCUCACCACCAUGAUGCCCUUUCCUUGGCAUCCCUGUUCCCAAGGCCCUGUUCCCCUUCUCCCUGAAACUAAAUGCACCCCUUUCCUUUCUUCUCUGGCAGGGCUCAGGCUUGGCUUCCUCUCUCCUCCUGGGGCUGGGGAAGGUGGUCCUAUGGCCAGGGAAUGGCUAAAUGCAAGUUCUCUUCUCUUCUGCUGCCCUCCUGGCCAUGACCAGAGGGCUGUGGCUCCCUGCUCUCAGCAACAGCAGGACUUGACUGGUGGGCUUCAAUCUCUCCCCUCUCUGCACACUGCCAUGGGCCUGCUGGCUGCUGUUCUCUGUCCCUCCCUGUUCCUCCAGCGAGGCUCUGGUGCAGCAGCUGUGGUAGGACUGGGUGCGUGGGCAUCCCCAGGGCUUGCUGCUUUCUGGAUCAAAUUAUUUUUUCAAGAUUAAACAUUGCAAAGCUGUUGA